AGCUUUGGAGCAGAACUGCUGGGCUGUAGGCACCUCUUCUCUUGUGGAAAUGCACUGAGCUGUGAUAUCUGCCUUCAUCACUCUCCCUGUUUCCCUCAUCUUUCCCCUCACUGUUUGACAUUCAGCACCUGCUGCCAUCCAAAGUCACAGCCCCAGCGACUCCCUUCAUCUGGACCACUCGGUGCCUGGAACUGGAAGUGUGUUGCCAGUACUGAUGAAGCCCUCACUGCUGCUUCUGUCUCACCUCUGCCUGUUCAGCCUCAUGCUUCCCUCAUGGGCAUCAGACUCAGCACAAGGUACCUCCAGCCUCACUUGUUGGUAUGACUCACGGGUGGCUCUCUUCUGCGACUGGGACCCUGAGAGGGAGCUGGCUGAAGCACCUUGCCAGCUGGAGAUUUUGUCAGAGAAAGGCUUUUAUCACAGAUCACCGAAAACAUAUCCCCCACCUGAAAAACCAAAGAAGCACUGCGAAUUACCCAAGGCUGAGCCUAUGACAGGACUGAGGAGAUGUAUCAAAAUCUUCAACCAAAAUGUUAAUACUCAGUACUUCACAAUUGCAGACCGUCUUAACUUGUCUGUCUGUUGCCACACUGGAGAGAAUAAAACCAGAAUACCUGCACAAAUAGAAGAUUUCGAUCCAUUUGCAAAUAUAAAGCUGAGGCCUCCAGGAAACCUUCAGCUGGUUAACAUAACCAAAAACAUCUUCAAGCUAACAUGGAGCCUGAAUAUUUCCUCUCACUAUUUGGACGGGAUCCGUGAGUACCAAGUGCGGUACCGACAUGUGAAUCAGUCCUGGGAGGAGGCUGUGAACUUGCCCAUUGAACAGGAUCAGAUGUGGGUGAAUUUUGAGCGACUCUCACCCAACUCCAAAUAUGAGGCAGCUGUCCGUGCAAGGCCAAGUGCCAGAAGCACCUUCAAAGGCGUGUGGAGUGACUGGAGUGAGCCGAUCCUGUGGAGGACAUAUGCUGACCAUAAGGGAACAUUCCAGCCAGUCCUGCCAGUUCUGAUCGGGAGCACUUUUGUCUUCGUGAUCAUUGGGACUGUUGUCCUCAUGAAGUUAUGGACCCUGGAAUGGUUUAAGAAGGUACUGAAGAUUCACAUUCCAGACCCUGAGGAGUUUUUUCCCCCGCUUGUUUCGGUUCACGGAGGUGACAUUCAGAAAUGGCUCUCCUCCCCAUUCUCCACAUCUUCCCACUGCGUGAACACCACAAUCCCAGAGAUCUCCAUGCUCGAGGUGAUGCAGAAGAAUGACCAGGAAUCUUGGUUUCUGCUUUCCAAGGGAACCCUGACUCCUGAUCCUCCCAUAGAAACCAGUGUGCACUCUGGAUCCAGCUGCUUCACCAACCAAGGCUACUUCUUCUUCCACCUUUCCAACUCCUUUGAGAUCGAGCCCUGCCAGGUCUACUUUACCUACGAGCCUUUCACCCAGGAGGGCAGUGGCAGCAAGGAUGGCGAGUGUUACCAGGCUCUCCCCUCCCCCGACAGCUGCACGCUGGCAGAGGACAUGAAUGUGCUGCCCAGCAACUUCUUUCACUGUAUCGAGGCAACCCAGGGCUUCCAAAAGAGCUCCUUCAUGGAAGAGGCAGCAGGUGAAGCCCAGCAGGCCAUGGCUGUUCCUGGGUCUAUCCAGUCGAGUGAAGGCAGCUCACCAACACCACUUCUGGAGCAGGAUGAGGAGGUGAUGGACAAAGAAGUUUCACAACCUGCUGAGGCCGUGUGCCUGCUGGACACUGACUUUUCUGACCCACUGGACCUGCAGGACAGCGAUACUGUCAGCGUAACAGAGGGGAGUGGGAAGGGGGGCGCUCCAACUGACCCCUGCACACCAGCACCAAAUGCUACCUCUUCCUUCUCCCAGCCUCCAGCUCUAAGGCAAAGACAGGAUGAGGAUCCAUGCAAAACAGCCUUCUUCAGCCAGGUCUCAAACACUAGUGCCUACCUUUCUCUGAGGGACCUUGAAAGCCAAUACAGCCAUUGCUCUAUCUAGGAUCUGCCUGGAGGAGACCCACAGGUGGGAAAGACCACCUCCCCAGGGAAGACUAGAUGGACAGUUUUGCCCCUCAGGACAUGAAUGUAACUUCAGCAUCAAUCCCAUCAGGACUGCUGGCAAAAGAGGCUGGAGAACACAGACCAGCAAGGACUUACCUUCAUAACCAAAUCUGUUUUUCUGCUAAUACUGGCUCUGAUGGCAUAGAAAUUCCUCACACUUCUCAAAUGACAUUCCAAACGUCACCAACUUGUUUUCCCCUUCCCAGCUCCCAGUAGGAGACUGUGCCAGCACUUCCAUGCUCUGCAUUUUGCUGUAAAAUAGCACUCAGUCUCGAGGCUGAGCAGGCAUAUGAUCCAUUUGCCUCACAGAGGCCUAAAAACCUCUAAUAUGAUGGAGAAAUGCCUGAAGAUGUGGAUGUGAGAUUUUGUACUGGGGACAAUAGCACUGCCAGUCAGUGCUGGGGUUGAUAAUGAAAUGGAUGAAGACAUCUCCUCCUGGUUGACCAAGGGUGUGAUUUUUUUUCUAUGACGUCUCCACUUUAGGUUUUAAUCAGAGACUACAUUCUAAGCUACUCACUCCAGCUUUAGACUUUAGAGCCUAGACCUUACAGUCUCUAAGGUUGGCUCAGAGCCACAACUGCAUCAGUUGUCUAAGCAGUGCAAUGUAAAAAAGAAAUCCCCAUUAUUGGGUUAAAAAUACUGGGGAAAUCCCCUCCCUCUCUUUCUUUCCUCCAGCUCUCAUGGUGGCAGUAAAAAGAACUCACUCAGUUUCCCAUCCUUGCUACAAUAUUUUUCAUGAAAUCGAAAGCCAUUCUGCCUUGCUGGCAAACUACUGUUAUUUGACUGUGAUAAGCUGAUUGCAGAAUAGUUCAUCCCACAUCCUGUAUAAGGGGAAAACAUCACAGCAGUGCUGCCUAUUCCUUCCACUGCACAAGGGAAACCAUUGCCUAAUUAGCAGUAAUGAUGUGGUGAAUGAGCCCAGAAAACUAACCCACGAAUCAACACCUUUACUGAAAAGAAAACCUCAAUCCACUUGCAAAGAAUGAGGAUAGCACAGACUUUUUCUUCUUCCUCUACAUGCCCUGAUCUGGGUUAAGAAAAAGCCACAGAAGUGGUAAGGCGAAGGAGGAUCCCUGCUUUCACCAUUUGUACCAUCUGUCCAUUUUCUUGCUGUAUUUCUGGACUUUUCAGCAGUGGGAAAAUACCAGCCAUGUGCUAAGAGUUCUUCUUAUCUCUUAAAAACUCUUCUAAGAAAAUGUAUACCAAAAAAGCUCAAGGAUGAUGAACUUGCUAGUGCUUCUGUCACAGCUGUGAGUGUCAGCUAGAACAAAUUCUUUCCUAUCUCUGUCCAAGCAUUGUGAUUCCUAUACUCUUAGCUGGCCUUGCAAUAUGUAUCCUGAGUGUCAUUAUGAGGGCCGGCUGCAGGAUAACCCACUGGCUUGGUUUUCACCUCAAAAGAGCUGCUCAGGGGAGUUAAGCCUACUUGUAGUUGGGAGGUCUUUGGGAAAAAUUCCUCUCCUCUCAUCAGUUCCUUCACCAUCUAUCUCAAGACACAGACUGCUCCAUUGUGUCUGGGAGAACACAGGAGAAGAACCCACAGCUUCCCAGAUAAGGAAGCACAAGGCUUUCCCAGCUGUUUCCUGUACUUCAAAGAUCUUCCGAAAUGGACUUUGAAAAAAGGCACUGACUCCCUUGCCUCUGAUGGGCAGUUUACUAUCUUACAUGGGCCAAGGAUCCAAGCUGCACUGUCCCCAUGUAGACUUUCUUAAGCUUUUCUAUUUUCCUUCAUAGAAUCAAUAAGGUUGCAAAAGACCUUCAAGAUUAUCUAGUCCACAGUUUGACUGAAUACUACCAUGGCCACUAAGCUAUAUUGGAAAGUGUCACAUCUACUUGUUUUCUGAACACUUCCAAAGAUGGUGACUCCACCACUUCCCUAGGGAGCCUAUUCCAAUGUUUAACCAAUCUUUUGUGAAGAAAUUUUUCCUGAAUCCAGCUUGAACUUUCCCUGAUGCAAUUUGAAGUAAUUUCCUCUGGAUCUAUCACUUGUUAUCUGGAAGAAGAGACUGACCUCCACCUUGCUACAACUUCCUCUCAGAAAGUUGUAGAAAACAAUAAGGUUACCCUUGAGCCUUUUCUCCAGGCUAAACGACCUCAGCUGCCUCAGCUGCUCCUCCAAGGACUUGUGCUCCAGACCCUUCACCAUCUCUUUUGCCCUUCUCUGGACUCACUUCAGCACCUCAGUGUCCUUCUUGUAUUGAGCAUCCCAAAACUGAAUAUAGGAUUUGAGGUGUGGCCUCACCAGUGCUGAGUACAGGGGGAUGAUCGCUUUCUUGGCCCUACUGGAUGCACCAUUGCUGAUCCAGGCCAGGAUGUCAUUGGCCUUCUUGGCCACCUGGGCACACCUGGCUCAUGUUUAGCCACUGCCACAGCACCCCCAGGUCCUUUCCCACUGGGCAGCUUUUCAGCCACUCUCUCCCCAGUCUGCAGCACUGCAUGGUGCUCUUGCAACCCUGUUGCCAGCAGGACCUGGCACUUUGUUGAACCUCAUACCAUUGACCUUGGCUCAUCAAUCCAACCUGUCCAGACCCCUCAGCAGAGCCUUCCCACCCUGCAGCAGAUCAACACUUCUGCCCAGCUUGGUGUCAUCUGCAAAUUGACUAAAGGGGAGCCCUUGAUCCCCUAAUCUAGAUUAUCAACACAUAUUCAACAGAUCAGGCCCCUGUACUGAGCCUUGUGGAACACCACUGGUGACUGGCAGCCAGCUGGAUUUAACUCCAAUCACCACAACUCCUUGGGCUUGGCGAUCCAGCUAGUGUUUUACCCAGCAAAGAGUACACACAUCCAUACCAUUGGCUGCCAGUUUCUCUAGGACAAUGCUGUGGUAGAUAGUGUAAAUGGUUUUACUAAAGGUUUUACUAAAGAUAGACAGCAUCCACAGCCAUUCCCUCAUCCAUUAAGUGGUCACCUUGUCAUAGAAGGAGAUCAGGCUGCUCAAGCAGGACCAGCUUUUCCUAAACCCAUGCUGGCUGGGCCUGAUUCCUUUCUUGUUCUGCACCUGCCAUGUUCUGGCACUCAAGGUUACCUGUGCCAUGACCGUCUGUGGCACUGAGGUCAGGCUGACAGGGCUGUAGUUCCACAGAUCCUCCUUCCAGCCCCCUUUGUAGAUAGGUGUCACACUGGCUAACUUCCAAUCACCUGGGACCUCUCUGGCUAGCCAGGACUGCUGAAACAUGAUGGAAAGCAGCUUGGUGAGCUCUUCUGCCAGAUUUCUCAGUGCCCUUGGGUGGAUCACAUUCAGCCUCACAGACUUGGGAGUGUCAAAGUGGCACAGCUGGUCAUUAACUACUUCCUCCUGGAUUAUAGGGGGUUUAUUCUGCUUCCUAUCUUUGUCUUCUAGCUGAGGGGGGUGGGUACCAUGGGGACAUCUGGUCUUUCUGUUAGAGACUGAAGAACAGAAGGCAUUAAGUAGCUCAGCCUCAUCCUUGAUGUCACUAUUCCCCUACCAAGUCAAAUAAAGAACGGAGCUUCUCCUUGACCCUCUUUUUGUUAUUAAUGUAUUUGUUAUUUUGAUGACAAUAGCUAGAUUGAGUUCUAGCUGGACUUUCUUCUUUCUAAUUUUCUGUCUGCA